AUGGAUGAACGAUGGCUCUUUGGUUUGUGGAUUGGUGAUCAUGAAUGGUGGUCCACGGAUAUGAUUCCACAUUUGACCGGACAUGAAGAUGAAAGUGAUGGCGAGACACACGAAUCCCCACAUAGUUCUGUUGAGAAGGAAGUCCAAACUGUUUCUCUUCAUGUACAACAUUCCGAGGAGCAACAAAAUGAAAAGAGCAAUUACAACUGGAGCCGUGUAGUUUGGUGGGCGGAUCACACGGAUUUGAACUUCAGUUUGAUCAGCAACAAAUCUUCCGAUCGCAUCAGCAUCGAAUCCUUGUCUCUGGAAAUCCAUUUGCUCUGGACGCUUCUUGGCACCGAGUUUUGGUCCGAAAUGGUAGAGAAUUGGGGCAGUGUUGAGAUUCAUUUGUUGGAAGAUUUGUGGAGCAUCUUCGUAGUCGACGAUUCCGAAGAACACCUUACGGCGGUCGGAUUCGGUGCUGGCGUAGCGGUGCGAGUUGGCGACAAUCAUGAACUCGUCGUAUGCUGGUCUGGAAUCAGAGAUUUGGUCAUGAAAUGA